AUGUUCGCCCGCUUUGUGUCGCCGCUUCUGCCGCUACUACUGCUGGCCGUCCCCGUACACCCGCAAUUCAUCCAGCUGGACACGCUGUCCAACGUGUCGUCGUACUACUUUAACUACGUUUACUGCAACAUUUGGGAGGGCGAGUGUCAGCCCCACCAGGAUGAUGCGACGCAGCAAGUUCCUACCAGGGACGUUUGGGCCGGUUUCACCAAGGACUGCACGGAUCUGCUUUACCGCGUGUACUGUAACCUGGGUCAAUGCUGCGACUCGGGAGAUUGCAGGGUGACCAAUAACAUCACUGGUUUAGCUAAAGACCUUCAGAGCAAACUCCACGGCCAGCACCUGGCCCAAUCUGUGGUUCUAAAAGCAGUCCAGGGUUUCAUCAACAACCCGGAGUCCAACAAGCCCCUAACGCUCUCCUUCCACGGCUGGUCGGGCACAGGCAAGAACUUUGUGGCACGAAUGGUGGCUGACAACCUUUAUCGCGACGGGGUGAAGAGUGAUUGCGUCCGCCUGUUUAUCGCUCCGUUCCACUUCCAUCAUGCCAAGAUGGUGGACACGUACAAGGGUCAGCUGAGAGAGGCAAUCCGGGACACGGUCCUGCGAUGUUCCCAGCCUCUGUUCAUCUUCGACGAAGCCGAGAAGCUGCACCCGGGCCUCAUCGAUGCCAUUAAGCCAUUCAUGGCCCAUUAUGACAAUGUGGAUGGAGUCAACUACCGAAAGGCCAUCUUUCUAUUCCUCAGUAAUAUUGGAGGAGCGACGAUCAAUGAUGUGGCGUUGGAUUUUUGGCACUCUGGACAGAACCGCGAGGACAUUGGGAUGGAGGAUCUGGAACACCGACUACGAGACGAAACAAUGGAAUCGCAAGGCGGUUUCGCCAAGAGCGAGCUAAUGUCCGGCCACCUGAUAGACUUCUUCGUACCCUUUCUACCUUUGGAGUACCGCCACGUCAAGCUGUGCGCCAAGGACGCCUUCGCCGCCAGAGGCCUGGAAGCGGACAUGGCCACGCUGGAUGAGGUGGCCAAAGCCAUGCUGUAUAUCCCCAAAGAGGAGAGACUUUUCUCCGCCCAGGGGUGCAAAUCCAUCCCCCAGCGGAUCAACUUCUUUCUCUCAUAA